ACGCUACUAYAGACUUCUGUGUUCAACUCGGGACGUGCAGCUGCGUGAGAUUGUUUUCGUGGAAGUGGGUGUGCUGACGUGGUGGUUUCCUCAACUAUCCCGUCGCUUGCUCCGAGGGUGGUCCCAYGCACACCCGCGUCAACGUUCUUUGUCGUCCACUCCACGCGAUCUCCAGUCAGCAGUGGAGGCAUUGGUAGUCGACCCCAACACGGGUGUGGCGAAAGGUGCCGCCUUUCGUUAUUGUUUGCCCCUUGUUGAAGUUGGCAAGUGGGCGAUGGAUUGCAGACGUUUGACGGGUGAUGUCGACGUCGGUUUCAGCGGCGGUGAUGACAUGCACGGCGGACAGCUGCAUGCACGGCCCCAUCAAGAAGGCACGAGCAUGGCUGCAGGCUUCGGCAUGUCGUCACCACCCAUAGAGAGCAUGCCCAUGGGUGGCAGGCAUUGGUCUCCCCAAUGCAGCCAGGGCGCAGGGAGGUUGUUCGGUGCGCGGUGUUCUCCAUCUCCAUCGGAGGGCGUUGACACGGAUGCCUCUUGGAAUCGGUCGAACAGAAGGUCCGUGUCCCCGAAGACUCGUGUGGAAUCACCGUAUGAUGAAGGCCCGGGCGCCUCUCAAGCAAUCGACAAAGAUGGUCAGGCAGAGCAAGGAAGUGUCAUUCCCAUGGUCGCAAGUUCGACAGGCGGGCAGGGUGAUGUUAACAGCCAGGGUGCGGGAGGUGGAGCGGUCGGCGGACGAAUUGCAAAUGGCUGCCCGCCAGCUCAAAAGAGGCCAAGCGUCCCAUGGACGUUGGACGAGCGGGUGAAGCUUGCGAUUUUGAUGGGUGAGAAUGACGCCCUUAUGGCGGAUGCUAACGGCCAACACCGAUUCAAGCAGAGGAAAGACCAGUAUGCAUGGGUGAAUGAUAGGAUGGUGGAUGCUGGCUUCAAACAACGAACCGGUGAAGACUGCCGCAAGAAAUGGUCGAACAUGCGAGCGACGGCCAAGCUCAUCUGGGAUCUAAAUCGGCCAUCAAUUAGGUGUGACAAUACGCUGGCCUCGGAGAACCUUGCGGGCGGUGGAACAGAUGCACUGCCGGCGGGAGCAUCAGACGGAAGAUGCGCGGAGGAGUCGGAUACUUCCGCUAAAUCGAGGCGGACAACCAACAGGAAGGCGAGAAAGGAAGAUGCCGGCAACAACGUUUCGAGUUUGGGCAGGGGCCGCAGGGCCAUGGAUGAUUCAACUCGAUCUUACUGCAAUGGCCUAGACAAAGCGGUCACCACCCUUGCCAAAGCUACCGCAGACGAGGGCAAUGCAAUCGCUGCUUGGAUAGGGGACGUGGCCGACGCAAUGCAGCGUGGCAACAAUGUUCUAGAGUUGCUAGUGGGUGUUCUCGCUCGGAGGGGGGUGAACGGAGGUGACAACGGCGAAGGCCAUCGGUAUAUGGACCCUUCGUCGAGGUCUACGAUGAUGACAAAUCUCAUCUUCACGGCGACGAUGAUGAUGAUGAUGUUGAUGAUGAUGAUGAUGAUGAUGAUGAUGAUGAUGAUGACGAUAAUGAUGAUGAUGGAAAUGAUGGUUGACGAGGACGACGACGAUGAUGAUGAUGAACAUGGAGAUGAUGAUGAUGAUGACGAAGACAAUGAUGAUGAUGAUGAUGAUGAUGAUGAUGACGAAGACAAUGAUGAUGAUGAUGAUGAUGAUGAUGAUGAUGAUGACGAUGAUGAUGACGAUGAUGAUGAUGACGACGACGAUGAUGAUGAUGAUGAUGAUGAUGAUGGUGAUGAUGAUGGUGAUGAUGAUCAUCAUCAUCAUCAUCAUCAUCAUGAUGGUAAUGAUGAUGAUGAUGAUGAUGACGAUGAUGAUGAUGAUGAUGAUGAUGAUGAUGAUGAUGAUGAUGAUGAUGAUGAUGACGACGAUGACUGAAUCCAUCUACUGGAGGAGGUGACGAAUGGUCAUUCGGACGUUUUUUCGAGCUUUGCGACGGAGACCUUUUUGUGCCAUCGU